AUUCUAGAAAAUCAGUUUUGAACUAAUCGCCCAUCGAGCGCGGUAAUAAUGGUAAAACAAGGCGCACUAACUGAUCAAAUUUGAUUUCCACACACGAUACUCGAUGUAUUUCUGUUAAUAUUCUCACACGUUUACCGCAAAAAAUACAUAGUGCAAAUGUACACGUAUAUAAUCCGGUAUGUAAACUACAAAAGUAAAUUUGGAUAGAGAUACACUGCCCUUGCAGCAUACCUAUGUCCUCCAGCUGGCUGCGGUCGGAAUUGUUAUCAGAAAACGUCAGAAGUUGCGUUUAGACCAAAGGCGAAUACACAUUGUUGAAGUACGUUUGAAAAUCGCGGGGAGGACAAGUGUCAGUGCUUUGUGUUUUAGUGUUCAAGUUAAUAGCGAUUUGUGACGACUCGGGUGAUUGUAGCAGACAGCCGGUGAUGGUUCGUGGCUUGAGGCACUAGGUUUUAGGUUUGACGUCAUCACACAAGAUUUUUAACCUGUUGUUUUACAAACAUUUGUAAAAUCUGAUAGCAAACAGUAUUUCAAAUAUGAUAAGUCUCCGAGAAAAACAGAUAAAUGCUCUGAGGCAAAUGCUAAACCUCAAUGAUCCUGAAGUAAAACUCGAUGCUGCUGAACCAACAUGGAAAAUUCUCAUAUAUGACAGAGUUGGACAGGACAUAAUAUCACCAUUAGUCUCGAUCAAGGAACUUAGAGAACUUGGAAUAACGCUGCAUAUGCAGCUGCACUCUGACAGAGAUCCUAUUCCUGAGGUUCCAGCUGUUUAUUUUUGCGCACCUACUGAUGAGAACUUAGGACGUAUUGGUCAAGAUUUGCAGAAUGGUUUAUAUGACAUAUAUCAUUUGAAUUUUAUAUCACCAAUAUCGCGGCAGAAGAUGGAAGAUCUUGCUGCUGCAGCUUUGCAGGCUGGAGCAGUAGCAAAUAUUCACAAGGUUUUUGAUCAAUAUCUCAAUUUCAUAACAUUAGAGGAUGAUUUGUUUGUUCUAAGACAUCAGAACAGUGAUGCCAUCUCGUAUCAUGCUAUCAAUCGUGGAGAAAUAAAGGACACAGAAAUGGAGGGAAUUAUGGAUGCAAUAGUUGACAGUCUCUUUUCAGUGUUUGUAACCUUAGGAACAGUUCCUAUUAUACGUUGCCCAAAAGGUAAUGCUGCAGAAAUGGUUGCAAAAAAGUUAGACAAGAAACUGAGAGAAAAUGUUUGGGAUGCAAGAAAUAACUUGUUUCAGGGUGAGGUCUCUGGAACAGGAAAUUUCAGUUUCCAACGGCCAUUGCUGAUUGUGCUGGAUCGCAGUGUAGAUAUGGCAACGCCACUUCACCAUACUUGGACAUAUCAAGCAUUGGCACAUGAUGUGUUAGAACUAGCUUUGAACCGUUUAGUAGUUGAAGAAAGUGCAGGAAGAUCUCCAGCUGGUGGAGCACGGUCUAAAACGCGUGCCUGUGAACUAGAUAACCGUGAUCGUUUUUGGUCAAUUCAUAAAGGAAGCCCAUUCCCUAUGGUAGCUGAAGCAAUUCAAGAGGAAUUAGAACAAUAUCGAACUUCCGAAGAAGAAGUCAAGAAAUUGAAAUCUUCAAUGGGUAUAGAUAAUGAAACUGACGUUGCAUAUUCCAUGGUAUCUAACAAUACAGCGCGUCUCACCAGUGCUGUCAACUCACUACCUCAGCUUCUCGAAAAAAAGCGUCUGAUCGACAUGCAUACAACUAUAGCAACAGGUAUUCUGAAUUCUAUUAAAUCUAGACGUCUCGAUACGUUCUUUGAAAUAGAAGAAAAAAUCAUGAGUAAACAAACGUUGGACAGAAGUAUUUUAGACAUUAUUAAUGAUCCUGAUUGUGGAACCCCUGAAGACAAACUACGGCUCUUCGUUAUAUACUAUCUUUGUUCAAAUAUAUCAGAGACUGAGUACAACAAACAUGAGGCAGCCUUAGCUAGUGCAGGAUGUGAUUUAAACCCUCUGGCAUAUAUAAAGAGGUGGCGAGGGUACACUAGAAUAGCUGGCAUCCAAAAUCAGUACGAAGGUGGGGGUACUAAGACAGUUAGUAUGUUCUCAAAACUGAUGAAUCAAGGGUCUUCUUUAGUAAUGGAAGGCGUGAAGAAUCUUGUUGUUAAAAGACAUAACCUCCCUGUUACAAAAAUAGUUGACGAAUUAAUUGAGAUGAGGCAAUCACCACAGACUGACGAUUACCAUUACUUAGACCCCAAACAACUGAAACAAAUCGAUCAAGUUCCAAGAACUAGGACUACAUUCCAAGAAGUGAUUGUAUUUGUCGUUGGCGGUGGCAACUACAUCGAAUAUCAAAAUCUUGUCGAUUAUGUCAAGCAAAAAAGUGGAGGGGGGCCAAAUAAACGAAUUGUUUAUGGAUCAUCAACCCUUGUCAAUGCUAGACAAUUCCUGAAACAGCUGUCUCUCCUGGGUCAAGAAACACAUUGAUAAAGUAUAACUAUUAUUGUGUUUCUCCAUAAACACGGAAAAAAUAAAAUGCUCCGAGUGUAAAAACAGAUACAUAUUAUACAUGUAUAUACACAUACAUACCUAUUCAUAGAUACCUUGAUCGGAUGCCAUGCACCACUUGAGCAGUCGUUAAUAAAUAAAGUUAUGGUAUCUUUUAUAAGAAAACACAACUGUAUUCAAUUAUUGUGAAAAUCAAUUUAACUUAGUUAAGUUUAAUUUCUUUCAAUGUAUAGCUUUCAAAAAUAACAACUGUAAAAUACCUAUGUGGAACAAUUACAGUCUGGCUCUAUGUGCAGUAAACAAAACCUAAAUAAUCUGACGUUAUCACACGAAAAAAUCAUCCAACAAGUAACUUAUACCAAGAUAGAAAAAGAAAAUAUAUUUUUGAAAUAAGAAUAAAAUGUUCAUACGUACAGUUACCAUUUCUUUUUUCGAAUGAAUGCUCUGCAACAGCAUAUAAGAAAAUGAACAAAGCUUUUUCAUAUACCUAUGGAUGAACUCAAUGUUCCAAAACAUACAAACAGUGCUCUCUACCUUAAACAGACGUGAUUCAGCUGAUGUUUACUUGCAUUGAUUCAUGCUGUGACUUCUUACACCAUUUACCCAACUGUAGAAAGGAUGAAGAUGAGUGAAGUUUUGGACACAAUUUGCUAAUUGCUAAUCAACGAUGAAUUAAUGUUAAUUGCAAGUUGGACUGACUGUAAUAUAUUGCUUGUUACUCGAAAUACUGAGAAUUUUCUCAAUAAUAACGCCUGGAAAGAACCACAAGUUCACUAUAUUUGUUACUACCUAGUAUGGACUUCUAAUCUUCUGUAUAUAACUAUUAUCAAUAAAUUUUCUUUCACUCGCAA